AUGGCAAUUGACGCAAUGGAAAUCGACAACCUGCCGCUGCGCACAGCGGACGCAGAGCGCAAGCGCAAAUCCAAAAAGGACGCAUCCGCCGCAUCACCAUCCAAAAAGCGAAAGCAAUCCUCAUCCUCAAAAGCGACUCCACACCAACUUCAAGACUCACCUCCCGAGUCUCCCUUCACCCUCACAACAGCAACACUCUACCUGCCCCUGUCGCCUAUCUCCAUCUCGCCGACGCACGCGCUGGCCUCGCUGCUGGCUGAGCAUCUCUCGCCACUGCUCCUGACCUACUUCCCCCCGCUGAAGGGUGUCGUCUUGGCUUACUCUAAUGCCUCGAUCUCAAGCAAGCCCCCUGCUCAUCCUCGCGCUUCCUCGGAUCUGAACCCGCAGCCGCUUACACUCGCCACAACGGCGGACGAGUACGGUGUCUUGUACGUCUACCUGACUGCCACGUUCCUGGUGUUCCGGCCGAAGCGUGGACAGACCCUCGAUGGAUGGGUGAAUGUGCAGUCUGAGGGAUUCCUCGGUGCUGUCGUGUUCAACUUGUUCUCUGUCGGCGUUGAGCGCAAGCGUCUCCCCUCGAACUGGAAAUGGGUUCCGCCUGGCGAGGAGGCUGAGACGCCGGCUUUGACCGAUGACGACUCGGGCUCUGAUAAGGAUAUGGCUGAUUUCGACGCUGAGAAAGAAUGUUUCAAGCCUGCUACGCUUUCUGCGGAGGAGAUCGCGAUCGACGGUGAGGAGGAGGAUGAGUCUGCUCACACCGGUUAUUUCCAGUCUGUUUCUGGACACCGCGUGAAUGGCUCUGUACGCUUCCGUGUCGUUGAUGUGGAUGUCAUCCCCGGUUCUGAGCGGGACCGUGGGUUCCUCAGUAUUGAGGGAACUAUGCUUUCUGUUGAGGAGGAGGAGAGGCUCUUGGAGUCUGAGCGCCAGGGACAGUCUUUGCCUCCGUCGUUCUUCUCAUCACCUCAGAAGGUCUCUGGGUCUAUCCCCGUGAUGAACGUCCCGGCGGCGUCGGCGGUGCAGGAACUCUCGACUGUGGAUGUGCAUCUUGAGGCUAGCCCCAAGAAGGAGAAAAAGGAAAAGAAAGAGAAGAAGACCGAGAAGACCGAGAAAAAAGAAAAGAAGUCCAAGUCUUCCAAGUCGAAGAGCAAGGACGAAUAA